UGAAAAAUUGGAAAAAAUAAAUAAAUUCGUUAAAAAGUUGCAUAAUUCCCCCAAAUUUAUGAAGGAAUAUAUGGAAUUAUCAGGUGGGACUCGUAUACCACUUGAUGUCGUCACAAGAUGGAAUUCCAAAUUCUUAAUGAUUUCCAUAAUUAACAAAAAUAUUGAUGUGGUAAAUGAUUUAGGUAAGAAAGGCAGCCUUCCUGAUAAUCAAAUUAUUAUAAAUAAUGAAGAGGCCAAAUUUUUAAAAGAUAUUGAAAUAUUUUUGAAACCAUUCUUCAAUAUUACCCAAGAAAUAUCCUCAGAUACAAAUUCUACAAUUGGUUCGGCAGUUUUAUUUAUAGAUGAAAUUGUCAAAACACUAGAAGAUGUUAGUGAAAAUCAUGAAAACGAAACAUUAAAAAAUGCUGCUGCUGUUAUGUUAAAAAAAUCAAAGAUAUAUAUGAAACACAUAAAUACUCUUUCAAAUUAUAUAUCGUGUUUGUUAGACCCAAAGACAAAGAAAAAAUUUUUGCCUAAAUUUAUAAAUAAUCCUGAUUAUUUUAAAAAUUUCGAAACGUUAUAUAUUAAAUAUAAAAGUACAAUGUCAGGAUCGUCAGCGUACGAUUACAAUGAGCCCGAUAUGGAAGCCAUGCCUUAUUCUGUGCGUAUACAUAAUAAACUAAGAAGGGCUAAUUAUGAAAUUCCACAACAUGCCACAGAUGAAAUAGAUACAUAUUUAAAAGAGGAAGUAGCUAGUCCGACAACCAAUGUACUCGAUUGGUGGCAAAAAAAACAGCUCAAUAUAUCCAACUUUGUCUUUAAUGGCCAGAGACUUUUUGGCUCAGCAAACUACGAGUGUUGCCAGCGAAAGAAUCUUUAGCAAAGCGGUGGAAUGCAUGACUAAAAAACGUAACCGCCUUUCAUCCAUCACUUUGAAGCAAUGUUUAUCUAUUGAUUGCUGGGACAUAGAACUUUUAUAAUGAUAUUAUAUUAACAUUUUUUAAAUCUAUAUAUUUCCGUGUAUUUUAAUAAAAAUAUUUUUAUAUUAUGUGUACGUUUAUUUAUU